UCCCGUCUUGUAGAUGGAUUUGUGUGGCAGGAGCUGGAGACGGGUCGUCCCAGAAGCAGGGGGCAAGCGGCCCUCGCCCCCCAACAGGUCCCGAGUGAAUGGCUGGUCGAGGCCCCUGCAUUCCUUCCAGGCGGUGGCCUGGGUCACGGUCCUCAUCCUGGCCGUCGCCAACUUUGGCAUCUUCAUCCCCUUCCUGCCACGGGACUGGAAGGACGUCGCCUACGGUGUGACCGGCGGACUCUUCUUUCUGCACUUCUCCGUCCACCUGCUUGCAGUUUCGAUCGACCCGGCCGAGCCCAACGUCCGGCGCAAGAAGAACUACUCGGAGCCUGUGCCGACCUUCGACCGGUCCAAACAUGCACAUGUGAUCCACGACCAGUACUGCCACCUGUGUGAGGUCACCGUGAGCCCAAAGGCCAAGCACUGCAGCGCGUGCAACAAGUGCGUCUCGGGCUUCGACCACCACUGCAAGUGGCUCAACAACUGUGUCGGGGGCAGGAACUAUUGGUACUUCUUCCUCUCCGUGGCCUCCGCCUUGGCCGGGCUGCUCUGCCUCAUGGCCGUCCUGCUCUACGUCUCCAUCCAGUUCUUCAUCAACCCGGCAGAGCUCCGCACGCACCCCUGCUACAAAAAGGUCUCCAACAAGAACACCUGGCUGCUGUUCCUCCCCCUUUUCCCUGUAAAGGUGAAGACCCCCGUGGUCCUGGGCAUUGGGGUGUUGGUGCUGCUGUUGGACGUCAUCGGCCUCCUGCUGCUGGGGCACCUGCUUGUCUUCCAUCUGUAUCUAAUGGCCAAGAAGCUGAGCACGUUUGACUACAUGACACAGGGCCGCCAGCAACAGACUCCAAGAGCUGCAGCAGAGAAGGAAGAGCUGUCCGUCCAAAGGAGACUCCCACAGCGCACAGACGGCGGCCAGAGCCCGUCCGCACAGAGGUACGUUGUACACUCGCCAGAGUCGUUUGAUGUGUGUGAAUGUGGGCUGCCUGCUCUUCGUAACUCAAAUGACUUUGGAAGAGUGACGUCCAAGGAGCUCCUGCUGUCGGAUACGCUCUCCCAUCAGCUGUCCAGUACCGUGUUCCCAGAGAACUUGUGGCCAACGCAGACCCAGGCGGAAGGUGCUCCUGUCGCUGUCCAGAUCCUCAGGUGUGAGCUCCGCCACCACCACCGCCGGCCCCGGGAGCGCCCUGUCACUGAAGGUCUCAGAGGGUCUGCAGCGAGACCCAAGGCUGCCUGA